AGCAAAAGUAAUUUCAUUUCCAUGGGGGCAGCCCCAGCCGCAGCGCCGCUUGCGGGGGAAGAUCUUCAUGCUGCUAGUGACGUCGCGCCCGCGGUGGCAGGGACGCCACCGCCAGCCAAAGCUUUAUCGAAGAGGCAGAAAAAAAUGGCUGCUGCGAAGCGUCGUGCCAAAGAGUUCGAAGCCGCGCAGGAGGAAGACAAUGACAAGAACGGAAAAAAAAUGGACAGCACAAAGGAAUUGCCCGAGAUCACCACUACAGGAGCAGCAGAGGCGGAAACGACAAACGAUCCGCACGAAAAUAAAGGUUCCGCUCCCGGUGCGGUCGCUGUAAGCGAAGUUGUACCAGUGGAUCUUGGUCCAGAAAGAACUAACGAGCCCGGAGAAGAAGAUCUCGUGCCAGUUUCGAAAGGAGCAGCCCAAACUUCCGUUAAGGAAAGAACAAGAAGCGAAGUGCUACCGGCUACAGAAGCCGAUGACCCCCCCGGCUCGUCCCGACCACCUGCGGGAAACAAGAGUAAAGGGAAUAAAGGUGGGAAGAACAAGAAUAAAGGUACUAAAAAUAAGCAACAGGUGGAACAACAGACAGACGAAGCUUUUGACGAGAUCCUGGCAGAUUUUCAAGGCGACUUAAAGAGUCCGGGGUGUCAGGACGUGCUUGAUGGACUGCAAGAUGCGAUCGACACGUACUCGGCUGUGAAGUGCAAGAUCAAGAAGGCGUGUCUGCAGCGCCCCGACAGCAGCGCGCACCUACAGCGAUGGCUGCAGUCGAUCGAGCAGCGGCGCGACUUCUUCCUGCAGUACUGCAAGACGGACAGCGAUUUGAAGCAGAUUCGCGGCAUUUUGAACGACAAAAUCUCGUCCCACCUGCCAAGCGACACGGCGGAUUUUGUCGUCUGGAAAAUUCUC